CACUUUCCCCCCAUAUUGUUCCAAACCCGUAAAAGCUUUGUUUGUCUUCGGAACACAAUUGAAGAUAUUUUGGAUGAAAACCGGGAGGCUUGUGACUGUCCCAUAGACUGCCAAGUAAAAUACACUGACAAGGUUCAUAAAACUAUGAAAAGCAUCGCCAGAAUAGUCCAUCUGCCAUCUGUGGUUCAACCGUAACGUUAUGAAGCGAUGAGAAUACUUUUUGUACACAGAAAACAAAAAUAACAACUUUAUUCAACAAUUCCUCUCCUCUGUCUUUCCAAAUCAGCGCAGCGCCAUUUUAGAGAAUCUGAGCAGUACGCAGGCAGCGUACGCUCUUCUGUGUCAUCCGCUCUGCGCUGAUGUGCUGUGUUCUUUCAAACCAAAGCAUAAAUAUACGUAGAAAACGUAUCCUUGUGGCCUUGUGGAGGCUGUAUAUCCUUGAGGAGAAUAUCCUUGUAUUCUCCUCACUUCAUAACGAACAAAGCUUUCACGGGUUUGGAACGACAUGGGGGUAAGUGAUUAAUGACAAAAUAUUCUUUUUGGGGUGGAGUAACCCUGAUUUUGCAGCAAACCGCAUAUGAUGGACAAGAGACUUUAAUUUAUUAGCUUCAAACUACGACUUCAUCCAGUCGAAUGGUUUUUGAGUAGAUUUUAGAAAUGUUUGUCAUGUAUCUUAGCAACUCAUCAGGAGACAAACCUGUUUACACACGUCACCCAAACAGAGAAGCAGGCAAUUAUUUCAAUUCAUCAGUUAAGGGAAAAAGAAACCGAAGUACUGUUAAGCAGUUCUGUUUCUCUCUCUCUCUCUUCAUGCAGUAAAAUGGCAGAAGCCAGAAUUUCUGAGAAUGAGUUCAUGUGUACAGUGUGUCUGGAUCUCCUGAAGGAACCAGUGGCCAUUCACUGUGGACACAGUUACUGUAAGAGCUGUAUUACAGACUACUGGGAUCAGGAGGAUGAUAAAAAUCUCAGAUGUCCUCAGUGCAGACAUACCUUCAGCCCAAGACCUGCUUUAGAUAAAAACAUCAUGCUGGCUGAAGUGGUGGAGAAACUGAGGAAGGCUAAAAUUUCUGCUGACUGUUACGCUGGAGCUGGGGAUGUGCAGUGUGAUGCCUGUACUGGAAGAAAAUACAAAGCUGUCAAGUCCUGUCUGGUGUGUCAGGAAUCCUACUGUCAAACUCACUUUGACCGGCAUGAGGAGUUUCACUCCAGUAAACCACACAGAGUGAUUGAUGCCACUGGACGACUGCAGGAUAUGAUCUGCCAUAAACAUGAUAAACAGCUGGAAAUGUAUUGUAUCACUGACCAACAAUGCAUUUGUGUGCUGUGUAAGGAGUAUGAACAUAAAAACCAUAAAAUUGUUUCAAGUGCUGCUCAGUGGACAGAAGACCAGAAACAGCUGAAGGAGACGGAGAUGAAGUUCCAACACAGAAUCCAACAGAGACAGAAAGAUCUCCAGCAGCUGAGAGAGGCUGUGGCGUCUCAUAAGCGCUCUGCACAGACAGCAGUGGAGGACACUGAGAGGAUCUUUACUGAGUUCAUCCGCUUCAUUGAGAGAAGCCGCUUUAAGGUCACGCAGAUGAUCAGAGAUCAGGAAAAGAUUGUAGAGAGUCAAGCUGAAGAACUCAUUAAGCAGAUGGAGCAAGAGAUUGAUGGUCUGAAGAGGAGAGACGCUGAGCUGAAGCAACUUGCACACAUACGCAACCACAUCUAUUCCCUGCUGAGUUUCCAGUCUCUCUCAGCAGCUCCUGGAUCUUCAGACAUUCCCAUUGUUCCCUUCAGCUCUCUCCCCUCUUUUGAUGCCGUGAGAGAAUCCGUCCAUCAGCUGAGAGACAAACUGAAGGAUUUCUGCAAAGAGGAGAUCAAGAAGAUCUGUGACAUAGUCACGUGCCCCAACAUCGUUCCCAAGACCAGGAACGACUUACUACAAUAUUCCCAUCAGUUCACUCUGGAUGCAAACACAGUGAAUAAAUGCCUCCAGCUCUCUAAGAGGAACAGAGUGAUUAAAUACACUGACAAAAUCCAGUCAUAUCCUGAUCAUCCAGACAGAUUUGAUUAUUGGUACCAGGUGUUGUGUACACAGAGCGUUUGUGGACGCUCUUACUGGGAGAUUGAGUGGAGUGGGCAAUAUGUGUGUAUAUCAGUGUCAUAUAAGAGCAUCAGCAGGAAGGGAAAUGGUUAUGAAUGUUUGUUUGGACAUAAUGAUCAGUCCUGGAGUUUGUUCUGUUUUCCCUCCAGUUACUCAUUAUGGCACAAUAACAAACAGACUGAUCUCCCUGCAGUGUCCAUCGGCUCUAGAAUAGGAGUGUAUGUGGAUCACAGUGCAGGAACUCUGUCCUUCUACAGCAUCUCUGACAUGAUGAACCUCAUCCACACGGUCCAGACCACAUUCACUCAGCCGCUCUAUCCUGGGUUUUAUGUUUGGUCUGGCUCAUCAGUGAAACUGUGUUGAUCAGUUAGAAUAGAUUUGAGAGAGAUUUUAGCCAUAAUACUUUAAGCUGCAUAAUGAAUCAUUAACAGCAAGAUGUUAUAGAUUAUUUAUUAUCUCUUCAUUACAA